AUGUCCAAACCCACCGACGACGACUUCAAACCCGGCGCUGAGUAUAUCGAGGAUGCUGAAGCAGAUAAUAAGCUGGAUAGCUAUAGCCACAACAUCUCGGCGAGAAUCUACAACCCCCUCGCCGGGGUCCCAAAGGACAACCUCAUCGAUCGAGUAACUCGCUUCUGUCAAGCGUACGGCUUCGAUGAUCAUAUUGAGACCUUCCAGAAGGGCGCGUUCGUUGCACAGCACCCGAGGGAGUUUGAGGAUAUCUCCGAGCUGACCGAGGAGGAUAAGUACCACCUUCGGCGAGAAGUUACCCAUAAAUGGCAUCUUCCCAAGGAUCUUUAUUUCAGCAUUGCUCUAUGUUCUCUGGGCUCGGCGAUCCAGGGAUGGGAUAACACCGGUGCCAAUGGAGCGAAUCUUUCGUUUCCGAAGGAGUUUGGAAUUGCUGAUAAUACGUGGUUGAUUGGGGUUAUCAAUGCAGGGUAUAUAGAGCAGAACCAAAAUGUGUUGGAGAGUACUAAUAUGGAUAUCAGGCCUACUCUCUUCGGUCUUUUGAGUGCAUCGGCCGCCGAUCCCUUGAACAACUGGCUCGGACGUCGUGGCACCAUCUUCUUGACUGGUCUCUUCUGCGUCUUCCCUGUUCUUGCGCAAGCCUUCACCCAGAAUUGGUGGGGAUUGUUGCUCUGCCGUCUAUUCAUGGGACUCGGAAUGGGCGUCAAGAUCUCCACGAUCCCUGUCUUUAGCGCCGAAGUCGCUCCUGCAUCGAUCCGCGGUGGUUUGGUCACCAGUUUCCAGCUGUGGGUGGCGUUCGGUAUCUUCUUUGGCUUCUGCUCGAACCUGAUCUUCUUCCGCAUGGGGAAACUGGCUUGGCGGUUUCAGCUGGCGGCAGCUUUUGCGCCGGCUAUUCCAAUCCUGAUCUUCAUCUGGUGGUGUCCUGAGUCGCCGAGAUGGCUCAUGAAGAAAUCGCGAUAUCAAGAAGCCUUCCGUUCGUUCUGUCGACUGCGCAAUACCGAGCUCAUUGCCGCGCGGGACUUGUACUAUGCCCACUGCCAAGUCGUGACUGAGCGCGAUGCAUUCGCCGGUAAAUCGCUGCACACCCGAGUGUGGGAGCUCUUCUCAGUCCCGCGUCUCCGACGAGCAAUGCUCUCCAGUGCCAUCAUCGUCAUCGGGCAACAGUUCUCCGGCAUCAAUAUGAUAGCCUUCUAUUCUUCAACUGUCUUCUCUGACGCGGGAUAUUCCACGUACGACUGCCUGGUCGCCUCAAUCGGCUACGGCCUGAUCACCUUUAUCUUCGCCUUCCCCGCCAUCUGGACAAUGGAUACAUUCGGCCGGCGCAACCUCCUUCUCUUUACCUUCCCCGGCAUGGCACUGUGUCUGCUGGGGGCGGGGCUCUGCUUCUUGAUGCCGUAUGAAAUGAGCGCGCGGAUCCCGCUCAUUGCGUUCUUCAUUUAUCUUUUCGCGGCCCUGUAUGGCCCGGGCAUCGGGCCUAUUCCAUCUAUCUACUUUAGUGAGGCAUUCCCAUUGUCUCAUCGUGAACUCGGAGCUGCGUUUACGAUCUGUAUCAACAAUGCUGUCGGCAGCGCGCUCAGCUUGACGUUUCCGUCGCUGAAAGCUGCCGUCACCCCGACGGGAGCGUUUGGAUUCUACGCAGGACUGAAUAUAAUCGCCUUUAUCAUGAUUUUCCUCGUCGUCCCGGAGACAAUGCAACGCACGCUCGAGGAACUCGACUAUAUAUUCCGUGUGCCUGUGCACGGGCAUGUAAGGUACCAGUUGCGGAUUUGGCUACCUUGGUUUGUGAAGCGGUAUGUUCUGUUGCAGCGGUCGGCGAAGUUGGAGCCACUGUACCGGCUGGAAGGACUGUAG